CAGCCCACAGUAGCUCUGUGGGGCGGUGUCCGACAGGGGGAUAGAGGAGAGCUGGAUCCACUUUUACGCAUCACUGCUUCAUGUCCAUGUCCAUACAAUAGCGAGCCAUCUUUUACCGACUAUGAUCAUGUUGCGAUUUUAUUUUUUAUAGGUAAUCAGGUGUCCUCGAAAAAUCCGUUCAUACUUAAGUGUUGAGUUUCAAAGUGCAUCCAAGGUGAAGGAUCCACCAGCAGCGGAGCCACCGGACCAAGAAAAGUUUUCGCCAUGGGAGCGCAUGGAUGGAGCUCUGCGCGUGUCGGCUUCUUUGUGUUCGGAUAUUUGGCAUUUUUGUUCGGGCUGAUGGUUCCGGAGGCUGAGGCGGGCUGUAGGGAGAGGGAGAGCCCGAACUGCUGCACCGGUCGGAAUAACGAAUGCUUUGAAUACACCAGGAGGAAAACAGUGUGCUACUGUGAUACCUACUGUCAGAAAACCAGAGACUGCUGCGAGGAUUAUCAGAGCGUGUGCCAAAUAUCUGCAGCCAUUGACUGUGUGGUGGGGUCAUGGGGUCCCUGGUCACCAUGCACAUCCCCUUGUGGCAUUGGCAGCACAGAGAGAAGUCGCCAAGUGUCCGUUCCUCCUAGAAACGGAGGAACACCCUGCCCUGACCUCAAACAGCGACGAGGAUGCUUUGGAAACAAUGCCAUAUGCAGCUCUGCGAAAGAGGUGGCAAAGAUCCUGCCUGAUUCUUUCAAGAGGAACUUCAAGGACCCGUGGAGGCGACCACACAUGCUGAUGAAGGAAGAAAAGGCCAGUUACUGUGUGUAUUUGCGAGUGAAGCAGGCCAGUGCGGUGUGUAAAGUCAAACUGUGGAGUGCUCAGCUGGUGAGAGAGAGGCUGGUCUGUGCAGAAUGUCAGAGCGAUGCAAUGUCCAAGUCAGAUCGCUGUGGAGGGGACGGCCUAGCGAGCACCAGAACGUUCUGGGCUGCAGCGUCCGUCCCUGGUUGUCAUGGCUCCUGGGUACGAGAGUCAUCUGCUGAGGGCUGCCGGUGUCCUCCCCACUCAGUGCUCUUUGUGUGAGCUGCCAUGUAAACCCUUCAUAUCCAUUCACAGAGACAAGAUAUUAUCCUCAACACCUCCUGAUAACUGUGGAGACCCUCCCAGCUAAGCCAGACCCCUCCAAACCAGGUUUACUGGAUGGGCAACUCAAGGAGAUCAGCAGCAUCCUGCCACUUUUUUUUCCUUUUCACCUCAUACUCUGUACUGUGUACUCCAUUUAUCACCAAGCACACAACAAUUCUUGCAUUUUUUCAGCCACGUUAAAUACUUUUCCUCCUCCAAAGCACAGCAACAUCUAUUCGCCUUUUUUUUUUUUUUUUUUUUUACCUCUCAAUCCUUUUCUAUCUACCUCCAUUAAUGCAAAAGCAUUAGAUAAUGCAUCAUGUAUAAAUAUAUAAUUCUAUUAUUUUGCUUUAUACAUUUUCUACUUUUGAUUGUUUAUGUGUAAUGUACAUGUGCAUAUAUAUAGUUAUGUGUAUCCAAUGUAUUAAACACCAAUCCACAGUCAUCCAGAAUAAGCUCCAGUCCAAAGGGUCCUAAACCACCACUAGUUUGGAGAAUGUUAAACCUGGUUCAUCCAGUGCCUUCAUAGCAUCCUUUAGUCCUCAUAUGUGUGUUUACACUUUCUCAUUAACAUUUCUUAAUAUUAAAGAGAUUUUUUUUUUUUUUUUUUUUUUUUUAACCAGGAAGACAAGUUAAACAUCAGGUAUGACCAGUUGAUUCUCAGGUGCUUUGAUUCAUGCCUCUCACCACACACAGUAAGCCUUAUCAUUCAUGUCUGCCUCCUCUGGUUAUUAAAGUCAAGUUUAAAGUGACUUAAUGAAAACAAUCCCAUAUCUUUUGAGCUAAUAUUUCUGGAGAGGAAAAAGAGCCAUUUUAAAAGAAUUUCAGUGUGGUUCUCUCUGUCCUCUGUGUCCAAGAGUGAAAAGAACCGCUUCAUAGUUGUGCUUUCUUUUGCUCUCUGUGCAUAUUAACUUCAAUGAAAGAGAGUUUUAUCAGCAAAGUAUCAUGCAGUAUGUGAGAAAGCAAUGUUACUCCCAUGUUACCAAUUAACUAGACAUCCUCCCAGCACUCCCCAGAGACACAUGUCUAUCUGACCAGCACUUGUUUUUCUUCUCUGCUCUAUUUUGUUGUCUGCUGACUUAAGUCGAGUUUCUAAUUACGCCUUUCUACAUUUCUGCUACUACUGGUUCGAGAAGAGGACGUCCAGGUAAAACAAAUGUACAUUUAUGGACUGUUCACACUAAUAUGGAUGUUUUGCUAAACAAACAUUUUUCUGUGUGUUUGGCCCACUUAUCCACACAUAAACAUUGUUUUAGAUCAACAAAAACUGAUAUUUUUACACCUUCUAGAGUGAAGAUUUUUUUUUUAAAACUAUGGUUCAUUUGUGUCCGUGUUCAUGAGGAAAACAAAAUGAUCCAGUAACACCCCAUUACAUGCAUGUUUAUUGCUGCUUUGUGUAAUAAACUCCAAAAAAUCAAAUAUAGCUCAUAUAGGUGGCUCAUAUAAGUCAGUGUAUGACCUGAUGAUGUUCAGUACUGACACAUUUAGAGAUGGACACAUGGACCAUAGUUAUAUAUAAAUAUAUAUCAAGAAUAUAAAAAAACACACUUUGAAAACCAGGUUUAUCCAGGAUAUCCACAGUUUAAUGUCCAACAGAAAUAAUACUUUGUCUGUGUUUAUUCUGGUUUGUAGUUUGUAUUUUGGACAGAAAUUUUUUUUUUUUUUUUUUUAACAAAUUAUUUGCAGAAAAUUUGUUUUAAUGAAGAAAAAAAAUAUCCACCUAUGAAAAUAUCCAUAUUAGUGAGGACAUGGUAUUAAUCACUCUUAAAUGUACACGUAAAUGUACUCACUCUCAAUUAAUGUACUAAACGUGUGCUAUUUUCCAUGUAUUAACAUUCAACUUAAUAUAGUAAUGGUAUAUCUUAGGUGUUAAUAAAUACUGAAAUACUAUUAAGAGGACUUGACUGUACAAUUUUGAGACACCAUUAAGUUUCCCUUGAAUAUACUGUAGUACAAGUUUACUUUUAAGGCUGCAGUUUUAGAAAAAUGUAGAACACAAAUGUAAGCAUAUAAAUAAUUUGAAUUUGAAACAUUUUAUGAUAAGAGUUAAUUAACAUUAAUUGUUAAUUGAAGUAAUAUGCAUUAACUAGCUGUUAACAGUAACAGUGUCUGAUAAUCAUUUACUGAUGGGGUUCUUAUUGGUGAAGGUAUUUAUUUAUGCAUAUGUUAUUAAAUAAGUCAAUGCAGGAAUACACAUUAACUAGCUAACAACUAAUUAGCAGCUAAGUAAUGUGUUUAGUAAUUACUUACUAAUGAUGGAAAAGUAGACAAUCAUUGAUUAAUAAAAGCCAUUUUUCACUGUGAACUUAAUGUAUGAUAUUGUUAUGAACAUUUAUCAACCAUUUACUUACCUAAGUAAAAUAUAACAUGGCAUUUUGAAUAGGUGUUAACAACAGACAUUUUUACUUUUACUAAAUAUUACUUACCUGUUAGUUAACUCCCAGUGGUGUGGUAAGUAAUGUCUAAAAUUUUUAAAAAUGAAUACCUUAACAUGAGCACCAUUAGUAAAUAAACACUGGACAUGGUGAUUAACUGUGUUACAAAGAAAUGCAAAUUCAGUAAAAAACAAACAAACAAAAACCAUCCUGUUGCAAUGUUAUACUUAAGUAAUACUUAUCAGUCAGAAAGCAUUUUAAUAGUAUCUCAGAAUUCCAAGUACACUUAAUUGUGUGUUUGUAUCUUUUGUAGCACUAAUGACGCACCAGUAGUAUACUAAGUUAAUUGUUAGUGUGAUGAAAAUAGCACACAUUUAGUAAUUUGCUCAUAAGUAUACUAAGUAUACUAAGUGUACUUAUUUUUUUUUACUUAUUAUGUUUUGCCUCCGUAUACAUUUACCUGGACAAGUCUUGUCCAAGAAAAGGGCUUUUUCUUGACGGAAAGCUGUGAUUAUCUCUUUCCCAUGUCUGUGUUUGUGUGUUUAUUUAUUAUAAAACAAGUCAUGAUUUUAUUAGUGCAGCACAGCAUACUCUGUACACUGUCUAAUAGUUCAAAUAAAAACCUAUACUGUCA